AAUACAGAACCAAAACUGAUAAAAUCGACAGGACAAAGUAAGAGGAAUCACGGCAAAACCGAUAUAAAGUUGUGGUCGCGGAGUAUAGCUACAGCAAAAUCGACCACAGACUGUUGUUGAGGUGAUUGCAUAAAAAGUGAAAAUUUUAAUUCGAUACAUUUCAUCAUUGAAAUGGUAUUUACUAUUACAUACAUAUAAUAAAAUAUGUAAAAAAAUCAUAAUUGCAAAAACUAGUAAAAUAAACGUUACAAAAGGAAUUUGAUUGAGCGGCACUAUCCAAAUACAAUAUUUAAUCCAAUGUCUAGGAGAGUGCGUCGCUUUUUAAAACAAGUGCGUGAGCAAAAAGAAGAGGAACUUAAAAGGGAAGUCACAACUAAAAGGGUAACCAUAAAUGAUACACCUGAGCUGGCUAUAGAUGAUCAGAUUAAAUAACAGACGCUUAACGAAGCUGAGUCCCUCGAUGUUGUGUUUACGCCUUCUGUAAAUCACGAAAUUUGUAAAGAUUUUAACACAAGUUUACAAAGAUGUACCAGUCCUUCUAUGAAUCCCAAGGGCAAAUAUGUCAAUUGGAUGAGUAAGCAUACCGAAUUGGCUACACAGCCAUGGUGCUGUGUUGGUGAUUUAAUGGCGUUCUGUGACAAAUAUGAGUACCGAACGCUCAGUCUUAGCGAUACUCGUGCUCAUAACAACAUUGUUUCUGAAGUCAAAGCCUUGUUAACUGUUGGCCAAGCUCCUUUUGACCUGCGUAAACGUUUUCCAGGAAACAUCCGUAAUCCAGAAAAUCUGUGGAUCUGCAUAGGUCGUAGCGCUAGUGUGGAGUAUCAUUUGAAAAAAAUUUUGAGUGUGUUUCGCAAACCGCUGCUGCACCUGCCUGUGGAUAAACAGCGAGUGGCAAGAGAAAACUUCCACCUGGCGGUAAAUGAAUUACGUUUAGAUAUAUCAGCCCGUAUUAGCGCGGUUCAACUUUACGAUCGAAAUAUAUUCGAGCGCGAGUUUCAUUUGCACUGGCAAGACGCGGUUGAGUGAAAACAUAGAAAACAAUGUUUUAAUUUAACUUUUGAGUUAAUAAUAAUAAAAGGAUAUCAAUUGUUUUGUA